GGGAAAUGACCCAAUAUUCGCCAUGCCCUUACUUACCGCGAGCCUCUCAGUCGCAUGAUCUGGAUUAACACAUUCCAUUCCAUUUAAACAGCUCCAUCAGGAUGAUCAGUACGUGAGCUACCACUACUCCCUUUAGCUUUACUGAUACGCUGCUUAUAAAGUUGCUCUCUUGCACGAAAUACAGAUGUCAAUGCUUCAAGUGGUUUGUCAAGGGACGAUGAUGAUACCUCCUUGUUAGCUGUUGCUGCUUCUACCACGUCUGGAUUUGGUGUUGGGACGCUGUUUUUAUCGGAGGAAGAGUGAAUUGAUUGAUCCUCUGAUUGUGUUGUUGUCUCCAUCAUCUUGCUUCUUCUUGGAAUCGUUGUUGAAAUUGGGGGUUUCUGUAUCUUGACUGUAGAGUGGAAGAAGAACCCAGAUUCAAAAGCAAUUGAAAUCGCAAUCAAACAAGUUAUAAAGCCGCAACCAAACAGACUUCUUUUGCCAUCUUCUUCAACACAAACUCUUGCACACUACUUGUUUGAUAGUUGGUCUCACAGACAUUUCGUCCCUCAUUGCCAUUACCAAAAUGCAUAGAAAUUUCAUGUUCUUGCGCCCACACCAAUGUCUUGGAUCAUCUCUUAUUGAUAGAAGAGUAAACUGUGAGGGUUUUGGUAUGAGCUCAUUUGGGAAAUCAGGUUAUAUGAGGGUCCUAAUAAUGCACAAAACCUGUGGAGGAAAAAGACCCAAGAAGAAAAUCUACUACAGAGUCCAUGAACUUGACAGAGCCAUGGACCUUCAAAAGAAACCGUCAAUAAUUCUGCAGCUCAAGUCUAUUGUCCAAGCCCAGAAAAGCCAAUCUCUCCUCCUCAGAGACCUUGAAAAAGAAGUUGGGUUCGUUCAAAAAUGGAAUUUCAUGGCUGUUAUUGAGAAGUACCCUACUAUCUUUCAUGUUAGUGGUGGUAGGAGAGCACCUCCCAUGGUUAUGCUUACAGAAAAAGCUAAAAAGAUUGCGGCUGAAGAAAUUUACACCAGAGACCAAAUGGAACCCAUUGUAGUUAGGAACCUGAGGAAGUUGUUAAUGUUGUCGAUUGAUUGUCGGCUCCCACUGGAAACUGUCGAAUUCAUUGAAUCUGCAAUGGGUUUGCCUUGUGACUUCAAGAAGUCUUUGAUUCCCAAGUACCCAGAAUACUUUUCUGUGAAAGAUGUUAAUGGCAGAGCACAUCUUCAGUUGGAAAAUUGGGAUUCGGGCCUUGCGGUAACAGCUCGGGAGGAAAGAUUGGCGCGGGAAGGGAUUCUGGCCGCUAUUGGACGUUCAGGAAAGGCUGCGAGUCUUGAAAAGCUAUGUCAAACAAGAAGCGAAAAUAUUCAUGAAGAAGAAUCAAAGAAAGUUGGUCUAUGGCAAAGGAGAAAGCUGCCAAGUCUAAUGCAGCAAAGGAUGUUAUGAUAGUUUUGACACUGAAGAUGCGUGAGUACCUCCGAUAAUGAGUCUGGUUGCUCACCAAGCGCUCGAAGUCCUCCGCGGAACGCCACAGGUUUGAGCCUUCUAAACCCUGCAUCCAUUUUGUCUCCUUUUUGGACCACGUCUUGGUCUCUCCCUCUUGCAAUCUUUGGUGGCCUGCCGGCCAUCUAUGAGGGCUACCGGCCAGGGCUUCUGACUUGCCGGCCAUCAACGAUGCCUUGCCGGCCACUAGAGUUUUCUGCAGAUAUUUUGUGCCAGCUGGUUGCAUAGAGGCUUGCAUCUUGUAGACACCCCAUUUUUGACUGUCCUCAAGACUUGGAUGUUCUUGCAGGAACAUCCAGUGACAAGUUUGAUUGUUCAUUGAGCGCUCGUAUUCCGUGGCAGAACGCCACAGGUUUGAACUUUCCAAACCCUGCAUCCAAUUCUAUCUCAUUUUUUGACCAUGUUUUGGUUCUUCCAGCAUGUUAUUCUUGAUGCAUUGCUGGCCAUGAUAAGGCACUGUCGGCCAUGGAUUUUGGCUUGCCGGCCAUUGAAGUGCCCUGCCGGUCAUCAAUUAGGAUGGUCGGCUGGCCACCAGUGCAUCAGUAGAUAUUUUCUGAUAUUUUGUGCCAGCUGUUUGCACAGAUUGGAGCAUCUGCUUGCACAUGGAUGGUUGGAUCACUUUGAGAGGAUUUUGUAUCUUCUAUAUAUAGACGUCUUCCUUUUGCAUGCAAGGGGUUGGAAAUUUUGAAGACAAAAAUUUCUCUCUCUCUCUCUCUCUCUCUCUCUCUCUCUAGAAUCCUCUCUCUUAAAUAUUUUGCCUUAAAGCCUAAAUUCUCUACACUUUUACAUAGAAACCCUUGAUCAAAUUUGAUCAUCUUGGUGUUGAGGUUGCUUGAGGUCCUAUUUGGGCUCUAGAAGAGGAUAUUAGCUUGGUUUGGCUUGCCUUUGUUGCCUAAAUAGCAUCUUGUCUUCAAAGAGGUAGAAUACUUGUAUUUUAAGCCUAAUUUAAAUACUU